ACCCACCUCACUCUUCAACUCACCAUCUAUCUCACUUGCUGGACAGGUCAAGAUCAAGGUCAGGUUCGCUCAACACUUGCUAGCAUUCCUACUUUUCGUACCAUACUAUCAUACUAUUGUCCUCGGUAGUUGGAAGCUUCAUGCCUCGUACCGCCGUAGCCCCUAUGCGUCUCCGAGGACUCACAUUCAGCAUUCGCCACACGCCACGGUUAUGCGCGCUUGAGAAACCUGAUAUCUGCCCAACUUUGGUUCUCCAACGCCACAAGUGGCUGAUGGCCAGCUAGCUCGUUGAGCGUGUCCAGACUCUAUGCAACUAUUCGUGCGACUGCCCGCAUUCUUCCGCUUCUGCUUCACCACGCUUCCAGCGUCAAAAUGCAGACGCUGCUAUAUCCGUUCGUAUUGGACAGCAAAUGUCUUGCCAACUAUACCCGUCAAUAAACAAGUACCCCGCUGUGGAUACGCUACUACAGCCAUGGGCUUGUCAACGGGCUGUUGUCUAUCUAUUGCCCGGUGCGGUCAAGUCCACCUUGGACCGCUGAGAACCGAACUCCACAAACGGCGUUAUCGAAAAGUAAAAAUCCCAUGUCCGUCUGAUGGAGAAACAGCAGCCUCCCCGUUUAGUCAUCACGGUCAGGAUCAUGGCAGUCAACACCUACCCGAGUACACCUUUUCAGUUGGUCUCAGACAUGUAGCACUGUUUCGGGAAGCCCGAAUAGUCAACGACGUGGAGCGAAUUACUGCUUUAGACACUCAACUCUCGCUAAAGCUACUCAGAUUACGCACGUCUCAGGUUUGUCUGUAGUCAAGAUGCAGACGCGAACGAAACUUACAGUAGUCUAAUAGAUGCUUGGAUAGGAUCGUCCAAGAUAUACUUCAGCUGUCCGUAGACAUUGGAAGACAACACAUGCGCGCGUGAGCUGGUCGUGAUAGACUUGACACCACUGCAUACGUGAGGCCCUCCCCCUAGGAAAUAAUUCGUUCACAA